CAACCCGAAGACGCAUAUGGGAAUGUCAGGAUCGAAAUCGACAAAAUCGAAAAAUUUGCGAUGCAUAAAAUCGAUACCAGUUGGAGCCCAGUUUUCAAGUGGUGCAUGACAAAUUUUGGCAGUACCUAAAUCCAGUUUGUCAUGCUGUUUAGGCAAAGAAGAGUCCGCCUGUAGUGCUACUGUGGCAGCACAUUGCAUACUGCAGGCUUUCAAUCAGUCUUAUUUGCCUGGUCCCCAACACAGCUCAUGCGUGCCCUACGUGUUAUGCAUUACAAAUUUUCCGACUUUGUCGAUUUCGAUUCUGACACUCCCAUAACGCAGGAACGGCUAUACGACCGCAGCCAGUCGGCGCUGCCGAUCGCCUCGAUCCGCGACAUGGACCUGAAUAUGCAUUGCAAAAGUAUCGUACUCGUAGUAAUUGCAGCGGUGCAUGACAAAUCCAACUUUCUACCUGAAAUAGCAUGACAAGUUGCAUUUUUGUUCUUGGGAAAAUUUGUAAUGCAAUUUAUACUAGUGCGAUGCUUUUGCAUUGCAUACUGAACUUUCGGUACUGGCCCGGCUGCGAGGGGUCAAGUACCAACACGUGGGAGCACCUGGUGCAGGACAGGAAGCACGGUCACAAGUCCCGCAACAACAUGAAGUACGAGGCAACGCUGCGCGAGCACGACGGCUACCUCGAAAACCUGGGCAGCCGCAUCCAGCACAACCGGUCCGAGGGCUGCGUCACCGAAAUGCUCGGGAAGAAAAACUGGC